ACGUUAAUUUAUAAGUUUAUUUUUAUAAAAUCUUUUUGUAGCUAAACUAUUUCUCAUCUAUAAAUAAGAGUGCUAGUAGAGCAGGAGAAAUUCACAAUCACAAGCUGGUACAUUUCACUUUCUAUCACUGUAGCAUUCGAGAGGUGCCCUCAAGCGUACAGGCAUUCUUAAUUAUUUCAAGCAAAUUUUCAGGCAAAAUUACGGACCUUGACGAUUGAAAGGAUCAUCAUGACCGGAGCAUUUACUGCCACUGGUUCAGGUGAGAAAAAGCAAGUACUACCUGGACGCAAAGAGUUUAUCAUUGACGUUUCGCCUGCAAUAGAGCCUGGUCAAUGGCCCGAGUGUUGCAUCUACAGGGUCCCCGAGUUGCUUCGCCGGGUAGAAAAAGAAGCCUACACUCCUAAACUAGUUCAUAUCGGCCCUCUCCAUUACAGCAUGCAGCAACCCAAGGAUAUAGAAAUUCAGAAACUUCGAUAUUUGAAGGAAUUCUGUGAACGGACUAAGAAGAGUCAGAAUGAUCUUGCAGGCAUCAUUCAAAGCGACGAGUUAAAAAUCCGACAUUGCUAUUCAGAGACCUUUGAUCAGAUUAACAGUGAAGAGUUUGUGAAAAUGAUUCUAUUGGAUGCUAUUUUCAUCAUUGAGUUCAUCUUGAGGAGUCAAAACGCGGUAGGAAGUUACAAAGAUCAUAUAUUAAGUAAACCAUGCUUAGCACAUUAUAUAGAGCAUGACUUAAUAUUACUUGAGAAUCAGCUUCCAUAUUUUGUUUUGAAGAAACUAUAUAACUUUGCCCUCGAUGUAGAAAAAAAUCAGCAGGGUAAGGCUCCUGAUCCCUUUCUUAAGCUUGCCUGUAAUUUCUUACUCCAAAAGCCGGACGCGGUGACCGAGGAGAACGAAGUGAAACAUCUCACAGAUUUACUGAGGACGUAUUACAAUCUUCCGCACCUAAGCUCGAAGUCUUUUGAGAGCGCAGAUCGAUUUUAUCAAGUAUGUAGUGCAACAAAGCUGGACGAAGUAGGAGUGAAAUUCAAGCUAGCUCCAGCUACAUCAGGCUUACUUGACAUAAAAUUCAAAAAGAAAUAUAAGUACCUGGACUGGUGUCCAUGUUUAACUUUUACAUGGCUCUUGGCUUGCUUACCUUGGUUGAAAUGCUUUGCGUGCUUGGAGCUUAUGCAACCUUUGUUUGAAAUGCCACGCUUGGUGAUAGAUGACGUGACUGAAGGUAUUUUCCGAAACAUCAUGGCACUGGAGCAGUGUCACUAUCCAAUGGAAGCCCACUUCUGCAAUUACGUUAUACUAUUGGAUUAUAUCAUCAACGACGAAAAAGAUAUAGAAUUGCUUGUUGAGAAAAAGAUCAUCGUUAACAUGCUCGGUAGCCAUACUGCAGCUGCGGCUUUUUUUAACAAACUCUGCCUUCAGAUUGUGACUAAUGGCCGAUCGUGUUACGCCGAGGUAAUUAAAGGACUUCGAACACAUUAUGAUGACCAUUGGAGCCGUAUUAUGGCAACCAUGGCAAGGGUUUAUUUCGGCGACUUUUGGAGAGGCGCUGCAACUGUGAUUGGACUAAUAUUAUUGGUCAACUCUCUCUGGGGACUCCUUCAGCCUUUUGUUAUGAAGAAAUGAAUAAAGUGUCCGUCACUCUGUGCUUUAAUGUUUGUUCGAGUGCUGUCUUUUUUUUCCCCGUUUUCUUUUUUAAAAGCUUAAGUCAUGAUUUGUUUUCUUUUCUUUGUUUUGUUUUUUUGUUUUUCAUGAAGAAUUGAUGCAUGAUCUUGUGUGCUUAUUGUUUGUUUGAGUGCUCCGCUUAUGAACUUUGUAAUCCAUGUCCUGCUUACCUUGUGAUAGAUAUCCUUUCCACUUUCUUUCCAGAGUUUUUAGUUUGAAUAACAAG